CGGCUUUGAGAUUUUAAAAGGACAACGACAAUUAGGAAAAGAUCGCAAAGAAGCUAUUUGUGGUAUACCUGAGCCGAGAAAUAUUCAUGAACUCAGAGCAUUUUUGGGAAUGACUGGGUGGUGUCGCCUUUGGAUCAUGAACUAUGGGCUAAUAGCUAAACCGCUGUACGAGGCCCAAAAGAACUCUCCCUUUGUAUGGGGCCCACAACAACAAAAGGCUUUUGUAGAGUUGAAACGUGCCUUAAUGUCUGCACCUGCUUUGGGACUGCCGGAUCUAACCAAAGAUUUCCAGUUGUUUGUUCAUGAAAGGCAACACCUGGCACUGGGAGUGUUAACCCAGAGGAUAGGAAGCUGGAAACGACCAGUCGGAUAUUUCUCUAAACAACUGGACACAGUGAGUAAAGGGUGGCCAAACUGCCUUCGAGCAGUGGCUGCAAUAGUGAUGCUCAUACAAGAAGCUCGGAAAUUGACUUUGGGAAGAACAAUAACAGUCUAUGUUCCACACAUGGUGAUAACUGUCCUAGAACAGAAGGGGGGACACUGGCUGUCCCCCAGCCGAAUGAUGAAAUACCAGGUGGUAUUGACUGAACAAGAUGAUGUGAUUCUAAAGACAACUAACCUGGUAAAUCCUGCAGUGUUUUUAAGUUCCAUACAGGAAGAAGGACGACUGGGACAUGAUUGCUUGGCUACCAUCGAGUAUGUUUAUUCCAGUCGUGAAGGUCUGAAGGAUGUGCCAUUGGAGCGACCAGACUGGGAAUUGUAUACUGAUGGAAGCAGCUUUAUGGAACAAGGAGUCCGAUUCGCUGGAUAUGCGGUAACAACAGACACUACAGUUAUAGAAGCAGGAGCAUUGGCGAGUACCACAUCAGCCCAAAAGGCAGAACUCAUCGCUUUAAUUCGAGCCUUAGAAAUAAGCAAAGACAAGAGAGUAAAUAUCUGGACUGAUUCAAAAUAUGCCUUUGGGGUAGUGCAUGUCCAUGGAGCUUUGUGGAAAGAGAGGGGGUUAUUGUCCUCUCAAGGAUUAAACAUUAAGCAUCAAACAGAAAUUUUACGAUUAUUGCAAGCAGUUCAAAAGCCAGAUCAAGUAGCAAUCAUGCACUGUAAGAGCACUGGAGAGGACCCUUCCAGAUACUGCUAA